GGGGUUUGAGAGAGAGAGAGAACUUAACUUGCCACACGAGCCGACGUUUGGCUAAAACCUGCACAGCGGUCCAGUAAAGCAAAUCAUUUGGUCUUUUUUCUCCAGGACGGUUCUCAGAGGGGUCAACCCCAAAAGUCUCAUCUGCUUAAGACGUGCGAGAACAUGUCAGGUGAUCUUCACAAUUCAUCGUUCGACUACAAUGGCACACCAUGGUACGUUUACGAAUGCACCAUCCACCUGAAUGAUGAAAACCGCCGGAUCGCUCUAUUCCUCCUCUAUCUGGUGCUGUUUGUGAUGGGGUUGGCCGAGAACAGCCUGGUGGUGUGGGUAAACUGGCGUCGAAGGCACUCGGCCAACGGCGUGCUGUUUUGUAUCAUCAACGUGAGCCUGUCUGACCUGAUGGUGGUCUUCACCAUGCCCUUCUUCAUGAUGGAGGUGACCUUAGACAAGGUUUGGCUGUGGGGUCAUUUCCUUUGCAAGGUCACGCAUCUUGUGUAUGUCAUCAACUUUUACAGCAGCUCCUUAUUUCUGGCCUUCAUGACCCUGGAGCGAUACCUGUCCCUGACCCGGCCCAAUGCGCCCGCCUGCUUCCCGCCACACCACAAACGCCGCUGGCUGCUCUUUGCCAGUAUUUGGCUCCUGUCCCUCGUGCUGGCCUUGUUGGAAAACGUUCACAUGGAUCUGCUAGAAUGGGAUGAACCGGGCUGCUACAUGAUGCCCGAGAAUAACCACACGGAAUGGUAUGCGUCAAUUUCUAUCCUUUGCUUGAUUUUCCAGUUUCUGGGCCCGGGGUCCGUCAUCAUCACCUGCAAUAUACUGAUUGCCCGAGCUGUCCGCACAGCCCCGGACGUCCAGAACAGACGGGAUGUUUGGUUGGUGCACGUGUACUCGUUGGUGUUCGUGACUUGCUGGUUGCCGUACCACUUUGUGAUGAUCAUGUUGACGGUGGACGAUCUGCAUCCUCACCUGUUCUCCUGCAACACGGUCGGGGUGUUGUACUUCUCAUUUAGCGUGGUGAAAUGCUUGUCGCUCUUUCAUUGCCUUGCCAAUCCAAUCCUCUACAACUUUCUCAGCAAGAGCUUCCGCAAUAACCUAAUAAACGCCAUGAUGAGUCGUAUCUCUUCAGCGCCUGCGAGUGCACCGGCUAACACAGUGGCUGACAACACGGGCACGACUGCUGUUAAAGACCGAAAGCUCAGUAACGCCAGCACAAGCCACUCGGACAUUGGAGCUUAAGAGAGGGAUUCAGAAGUAAGGUUUUUGCUGAACGAUGAAUGAAUGCGCAACUACUGUAUGAAAGAAAAGUCCUUCUAAAAUGGCUGUGGUGAUGUUUUUGGCCAGUUGCCUAGUGAUAUUUUCUCCUGUUUUUCUCACCUCAGUAUUGUUAACAGUACAAGGAAGGAAACAAUGUCAAACUUUCAUAAGCUUCAUUUCCACUGGUUCCUGUGGUCACUUCUAGGAACUCCCAGAUCUUUGUAAUAAAAGCUUUACCCACACACCAGUGUUUGUACAAAGACUAUAUUAAAUGUUUUGUUUAUCAAAAAUA